UGACGUCAUACAGCAAGGCGGGGCUUGCUGGCAGGUGAACGGGACAUCGUACAGGUGUGAAGUCAGCGACAUGUGCGUUCAGAAAAAGACUUCCAAGGGUUGAGUGGUGUUACGCGCGCCAAGCCAUGGCGGAUAGGUGCGUGGGAAACUGCGCGCCUAUGUUCUUCCUCGCCGUGGUUUUUGAUGUCGCCGGUCUAAUUGUUCUUCUGGUCGGGAUCUUCGGCAACUUGAACGUGGACGGACGCUUCUACGGAGACUUCCUCAUCUACACGGGCUCGCUCGUCAUCUUCCUCAGCUUGGUGUGGUGGGUGCUGUGGUACACCGGCAACGUGCGGCUGGAAGCCGACCGUAGAAGAAGCUCUCUGGACGCCCGCUUCACGCACUGGGCGAGGAAGAUCUCCGAGAGGCUGUCCAGAAGCGCCAUCAAGUCUCUGGAGAAGAACAACUAUGGAAAGGACGUGAACGGGAUCUCGUCUUCUGACGCGCACUCGAGGAUUACGUUGGAACGGAAUGGCACCUGUCCCGCGGGUCACCACAACAAGGGGUUUGACGGCGGGACCGAGUGCGCUCCUGACCGCAAAAACAUGGAGCUAGGGGUGUUGAGGAACUCUGGUGAGAAUCUGCAGUCUGUGCAGGACAAAGCAGAGAGGAUUCUCUAAAAUGGUCAAAUUACCCUUAACAUAUCGACUGGACUUUAAGUACUGCUUUUUAAAGACAGAACACUUUUUUUAUUUUUAAAUGAGGAUUUCUUAUUUAGGGACACACUCCAACUAAAAGCAGAAGGGAUGCAAGCAGAAGAAGAAAAUGUUUUUUUUUUAAUGUAAAUAGUGAUUCUCUGUGUUUUUCUUUUUGUGACAAAUGUUAUUUUUUUUUUAGAAUAAAGUUGACCAAUAGUUAAAUGUA